AUGUCUUCCGUCUAUACAGCCCCUCGCAAAGAGAGAUGGCACAAGUCCAAGAAGGUCCUGUACCUUGAGCCGCCCACCAACGGUAGCAAAACAGUCCGCACAAGAGUCACAACCAUUGUGCCGGCCCCAGCACCUCCACCUCCCCCGCCUCCGCCGCCGUGCCUCCCGGAGCCACUGCCGGAGCCCGUGAUCGUCGCUCCUCCACCACCUCCACCCCCGCCCCCGGUGCUGCCUCCGCCAGAGCCCGAGCUUGACACCAUCGAGGUCAUCGCUGUCGAUGUUGACCCGUCCGUCAAGUCUCACAAGAGCUCCAAGAGCUCCAAGAGCUCCAAAUCAUCACACAGCAGCCGGAGCAGGAGUCACAGCAGGGUGGACAGCCGCGAAAGAGAGGUGUAUAUCGAGCGGGAGAGGCUGGUCCCCGUCCGUGUACCAGUACCUGUACCCUACCCUGUGAGGGCCGAGCCUGACUACGAGACCUACCGUUACGUGGAUGCACCACGGCGGUAUGAACCAAGGAGGCGCAGCCAUGACCGGGAGAUUAUCAUCGAAGAUCGUCACCGAAGGCACUACCUCACCCGGGAUUGA